AUGGAAAUGUUGUUGCGUACUGUGAAAUUGCCAACGUUGUGUGUUUCUCUCCUCCCCAUUCCCAUGUUAGUGUGGAUCCAACUAUGUUUCCUGUUUUUCACUCUAGAUCUAGAACUGUUUGCAUGUGUAGUUGCAAUUCAAAUGCCAGCGCGGUGUGCUGAGCUGAGAUGCAGACUAGAGCAGUGCUUGCAAACGCAUGGAGGGAAGCCACCAUUGUUGCGAGUAAUCACUGCAAUGUCGAGUGGAUCUGUAAAUAUCAACAACACAGAUGAUUCUAUGUCUAAUUUGUGUCUCUUGGUGGAUUCCUCUGGGAGCUGA